UCGUGUCUUCGAGCGACUCGGUGCCAACUGCUCAAGUUGAACUCUCUAGAUAGCAGACCCUCGGUGGAUUUUUCAUCUGGCAGUAUGUCUCCGUCCACAUCCCCCCGGUUGUUCACGGAGAGGGAAGUGACCCGCCACUGUACCAAGGAUUCAUGCUGGGUGCUCCUGGGGUCCCGGGUGUACGACGUCACCGCCUUUUUGCGGAUGCACCCUGGCGGGGAAGCGCUCAUACUUCGCCGCUCGGGGAAAGACGUGAGUCGGGAGCUGGAAGGACCCCCGCACCGACACUCGCAGAACGCCCGACGGUGGAUGGAGCAAUACUACAUCGGGGAGUUGGACCGAGACAGCGACACCGCCACAAACGAGCUUCAGAACCUGAGGGAGAGGAGGAACACCAGUCAACAGAAAGAAGAAAAAACAGCUGUACCAACAGAGAAAGUCGAUGACCAGAAUGCUCCAUACAAUCUAUGCAGCUCUGUGGACCUUGAAAACGAUUUGGUGGACUGGAGGAAGCCGCUGGCGUGGCAGGUUGGCCUCUUAGGAGAGAAAUAUGAUGCCUGGGUUCAUCAACCAGUCGACCGGCCCAUCAGACUGUUUGGAAAUCCUUUCCUUGAGGCCAGCACCAAGACUUCCUGGUACUGGGUGCCAGUGGUUUGGCUUCCUCUUGUGUGUUAUCUUAGUUGGUCUUGCUACACCACCCUGGCAAAGGGCACCACUACAAUAGCUAUCACGUCAGAUUUCUCUUUCAUGGUCCAUAAGUACACUUUCCCGCUGUUCUUCAUGAUGGGCUGGUUCUUGUGGUCUUUCAUUGAGUACUGCAUCCAUCGCUUUGUCUUUCACAUGAAACCACCAGCUCAUAACUACUAUCUCAUCACGCUACACUUUCUCCUGCAUGGACAGCAUCACAAGUCUCCAUUUGACGGCUCCCGGUUGGUCUUUCCACCCGGGUUGGCCUCCUUCGUGGUUGGAACUUUCUACACAGUCCUCAAUAACCUGCUGCCGGAAAUUGUUGGCAUGUCCAUGUUUGUCGGGGGAUUGUGCGGCUAUGUCAUGUACGAUAUGAUCCACUACUACCUUCACUAUGGGUCGCCAAAGAAAGGCUCUUACAUGUACAACUUGAAGGCCUACCACGUCAAACACCACUUUGAGCACCAGAGAGCAGGUUUUGGAAUCAGCACGGCAUUCUGGGACCACCCCUUUGACACAGUCAUCCCUGAUGAGAAAUUCGAGUCCUAAACGUCUCCUCGAGAGGGCCAAAGUACUGAUCGAUCACCCUCUUGUUAUGCUUUAAAUUAACCAACCGGUCACCCAGUUCAGCCAAGAUGGAGGAUACAGUUUUGCCUCUGCAGCUAAUCCAUCCACACUGUUGAUAUUUAAGCUUGUCUCGUCAUUCCUGUCAGCGCCACAUUCCUUCUUUGUACGGGUGUUGGUGUGUGCUUUUCCUCACUGUUGCAAGGCAUCUCUUUGCCAUUUCCAAACCAAAUCACCUGCCGUUGCUGCUCUUCUAACCACACUGACCUCCCCCCUGUUAGAACGGCAAGAGGUACAUCCGGGAAGUGAUUGAAACAGUUGAAACAUAGGACUACUCUGACGCAUCUAUCAACGUACAAUACAAUGGCUCUAAAUUCAUAUAAUCCUAAAUUACACACAGAGGCCUACAACGAAACAAAACAAAAAUAAUGUGCCCUCGUUUUUCUUCUCAUUUUUAAUACACCAUGGUCCUGUGAAAAUUAGUGUAUACUUUGGGUCCCUUAAAGUGGAAAAGAAGUAGUAAGGAAGUGACAGAACGUGUGUGAAUGUGGAAUACAGGUUGGGAAGGGCAGGGUAGAGCGAAACAAAGUAUGUGUAAUGUGUAUGUGUUCUGCCAAUUUUUAGUUACUGGUAGAAGAUUUGUCCAUCAGUUUGGAUUUACCACUAGUAAGAUUGUUCUCUUGAGUAUAAAGUGUAUUAACAAGUCUGGUUCAAACUGUUGGAAAUGUCAAUGGAAAUGCACUGUAUUUUUGUAAGUCUGUUAGUUACCCCCCACACAAUUUUCUUUCUUAUUUUGUCAAUAAUAAUCCUAUGAUGUAUAAAAAAAAAAAAAUGAUGUUUUGUAAGAUGCUUUGUACAGUAGAUUCUUAAAUAGCUCCAGUUUUACAUCAUCCUAUAGAGAAAGCAUUUUCCCACGAGUUUAGAAAACUCGAUGAUGUCAACAUACAUGCCAGAGCCACAGUGACGUGAAGGAAUGAGGUCAGCUUGUCAGUCUUCCUGCUGUUGGGACUUUGGGGUCAAAGCUGUCUGUUUUCAUCUUUUUUACAUGUUGAAUUGGGUUAUUUGAGAACAAACUGUGCAUUGAGCGACUGCUUGCAAUGACUCCACAGCUCCCAGGAGGAUGACGAUGGAGCGACCAUCUGACUGGGCAGCAGUAAGUCUUGAUAGCUGGCGGAGCCUCAAACGUCUCCUCUGGACACCACUGAUAACCAAUGCAGAACAAACAAUUGACACCUAAUAUAUUUUGACUAAAGAGAAAUGUACUUCAAAUAAAUCUAGUUUGAAGAAAGACUCACAUUUUAUGUAGUAUAUGCAUACAAUAGAAAAUAACAUGCACAUAACCUUCAUGCUUUGUACUAUUUUUUUAAGAUGAAAAUGUCAGUAAUUGUGGACGACUAGCUUUUGUACUCCAAACCUGUUCUAGUGCAGCAAUAACUGCGAUGAGGCGGUCGUCUUACUGAAACACAAUCGAACUUACCCGUGUUUGCAGGGUUGAUGACUUAUUUAGCACCACGUUUUCUUCAUAUCAUGUAUCGGUACUGUACUAGAAAUUUUAUCGUGAAUUCAUGAAUGCGCAAAGAAUUGAAUUUCAAACGUGAUGUUACUCCGUCAACCAUUUAGACGAUGAUGAUGAUGAUCAUGAUGAUGAGUGUACGGAUGGAGGUUGUGCACAGAUUCCUGUUGGAAUAAAGUAUACUCAAGUCUUUAUAUUUAUUUAAUCAACUUGAAAACAGCAGCUUGUACACUUGAUUCUGGCAAUGGCUACUGUGCUUAACAUUUAUGAAAUUAUGCUAAUUAUUUCCUUAAUUUGUUUAACAUCUCAGACAUUUUGUUGCAAUUUUACACUUCUCUGCAAAUGUGUUUGUAAAUAAAUGUCUAAGUUUCUGA